AUGCAUGCAGCACCAUCAACACAUCCAAACCAAAUACGCUCCGCCUGUGAGCGCUGCCGUCGCCAAAAACUCCGAUGUUCUCGCCCCGUCGGCCCCAGCGCCAUAUGCGCUCGCUGCUCCCGUCUCAAUCUACACUGCCAAGCUGGUCUGCAGCGUCGCGUUGGCCGGCCCCCCAAGAAGGACGACGUGGUCGAAGCUGUGGAAAUCGUGCUUCACAGUGGUCGCAAUUCGCCGCAGCCAGCGGAUGAUGGCAUGCAGUUUAUCCAGGGUCUGUUGGAUGAUUCAACAUGGAAUCUUGAUCCUUUCUGCACUUACACGCCGGAGAGUCUUCCGUUUCCCAUGGAGACCUGGCCUUCUGUACAGACACUUGAUGCACCGGAUGUUGAGCAGCCUGUCAUUAGACCAACUGAGCAGUUGUUUGAGAAAUUGUCAAGACUAAACGCAGACAUCCACCGGGGAAGGGAGUUUGCGGCUCAGUUUGUGAGCAAUUCUGAUCUGCACGGGUUUAUUUGCAAGAUCCAUAAUACCAUGAAUGGAUAUGAGAAUGUGCAAAUGGCCUUGAGGACGGCACAGGAUUUUCUGGUUGUCCUGAAAACACUGCAUCGACAGCUUGGCACGCGUACUGUUUCCUGCUACGGCCGGCAGCCAUAUACAAACAAAACGAUACUAGCACUUGCGGCAGACACGUCGACAUCUUCCGCUUCACCAUCGCCCCCUCUCUCAUCAAGUAGCACAACGCCAACAUCAGGAAGCACUGCUCCCCAGCCUCCUCCUGUUUUUGAUUCACCAACCAUGUUUCUCAUCAUAUCGUGCUACGUCCAACUCGUCAAACAUCUUGAAUUUGUCCUGAAGUUAAUCUUCAAUUCAAUUUCGGAUCCACAGACUGAUUUGAUUGAUUCAGCUCCCAUGGCGUUUGCUGAAGUACCACUGGUUGAACCGUCGACCCAAUUUGUUCUCUUCUCCGAGCUUCUUCGGCAUGUUAUGAGUCAGAUCAAUUUGCUAGUUGGGUUCCCUAGCCCUUGGUCUAGUAAGAGUGCUUGGACAGGUUUGAUGACGUGUCAAAGGUACAAGGAUAUGCUCAAUUCUGAGCUGGGUGCUGUGGAGGGUGGGUGGACAACACGGCCAAGUAAGCUCAUGGAGUUGAACAGAAUAACCAAAGGCAUGCUUGAUGAGCUUUCCAUGGUGGGAGUGUACUAA